UAGACCGUACUCAAGGUGUGGUGGAGAUUCCGCGAGGUUGCAACCACGGGUACGGACCAUCAGAGUGGUUUGGAGUGCAUCAGUGGCCGAAACUGACCUGCAAUAUUAUUAAGAAGACAAGAUCGGACUUAUAUUGUUUCGGAUAUUUCAUUACAUAAGAAAAUCAGGGGCGGUUAGUGGCGCUCACACCCAUGGCUGUCACAGGCAGCAUGGAUUCAGUUGGGCUCCUAGUCACAGCUCUAGUGAUGGCUAGCUAUGUAGCCGGUCAAAACCCGAACCCAAGUCCUUGUGACUUGACAACCCAGCAAUCCAACAGUUCCAACCCAACAAUAAGAAUAAAUUUCGAUGAAGCCACUGCAGCCGAUCUGACAAAUUUGCCGGCCUUCACUGCAUACAGUACAGUUUUUGGAACGAUAGCUCCUGGCAAUAAUCAAAUUACCCUAGCUAUUGUUGAUGAAUUUAGUCCCAAUCCCAACAGCCCAAAAGGAUCCACCCACUUCGAGCUUGUGGAUCAGGCUUUGUCCGCCCCAAACAAUGGCGAGUCGAACGGUGUCUUCAUCAGACUCAUCGCUCCAAUUGACAGAGAUGGUUCAACCGCAAGUGUCAAUGAUGACAUCGACGUAGUGGAGUUUAAGCUGCAAUGUCAAAAUGUACAGGAUUCGUCGACAUCCCUCACCUACAAUGUCCUGGUGACCAUCAACGAUAUCAAUGACAAUGGUCCUGUAUUUCAAGGUCUUCCGUACUCCACCAACGUAGACGAGCUGGCAGUAAGUGGCACAACGAUUUUCCAGGAUAUCUAUGCCAUAGACAUGGACAUUGGAAAUAAUCGACAGGUCUCCUACGGAAUUGUACCAGGGACUGAUUCUGACAAGUUCAGCCUGGAUGCAAACUACUUGAGGAUAACUACAAGUUUAGAUUAUGAAUCCCUUGGUGCUAACAAAUAUUACCUCGUGGGAAUCACAGCUACAGAUAAUGCUCCCACUGGUACACAGAGGACUGCGACGACGACAGUGACGGUUCAUAAUCUGGACGCCAAUGACCUUAGUCCAGCAUUUGAGUAUCCAGGAUGUACCUUGAAAGAUGGUUAUUGUAUAGUACCGCAAUACACCGCUACCAUUGUGUCGGGCACCACUGCUGCUCUGACAGUAUACAGACAAGGAGAUACUGUGAAUUCCGUUGAUAUCCAGGCUCGGGACAGGGACUCGCUGAACUUCCCGAUCACUUUUUCCAUUUUAGAAACAUUUCCAGCGAACAGAGAAUCCAGAUUUACAUUGACGCCAGGAACAAAUAGCAAUGGUUUAUACACCACAUUCAUCAGUGUUGUUUCUCCCCUUAACAUAGCCACCGAGCCUGAGCUUAAAGUGUCUAUCUCGGCACAAGAAUUUGGUAUAACAGGAAAUAAUAACAGUGUUGGGGCAACCCUGACAAUAAAAGUAAAUCCUGCGAAUGCAAAUGCACCAGUUGUGCAGCCAAUAGGCUUUGGUUAUAUUGCUGAAAACUCGCCCAUCAACACAGUGGUACUAAAUCAGGCAGGAACCCAACUGUUACAGCUGAUCGUCACUGAUCCUGAUUUGGCGGAUCCUACAGAUGGAACGUAUAGCUUUACUGUGUCGGGGACCAGUUUUUUCGGAGUGACGUCGGAUGGCUACAUUGUGGUUGCUGGAGCCCUAGAUUACGAAGCUCUUAAUGCACCUAAGUCUGUCACAUUCACGGUGACAGUAACGGAGACACACACUACUGUACCAUUGUCUACAGAUGUUUCCGUGACAGUCUUUGUCCUGGAUGUCAAUGACUUAGAUCCAGUCUUUACAGGAACCGGUUACACAGAUGAUGUUGUAGCAGGGGAUUAUUCUUCCUCACCUUCGACCCUUAUUUCAAUCACAGCUUCUGAUGGCGACAGCGGAGACUUUGGCCUGGUGCGAUACUCCAUUAUAGAUGGUGAUCCACUCAAUGUAUUUGCUAUUAAUUCAAUAACUGGCCAGUUGUCUGUUACUGGGACAGUUUCAAAGGACAGUAUUUACACCCUACAGAUUGAAGCUAGUGACUCGCCCAACACUCCCAGUGUCAGACGGUCGACGGUUACGGCUGUCUCCAUCACCAUUACACCCUCUGGUAAUGAGGCUCCAGUUAUACCUGCCAACACGUACACUGUGACUGUCAGCGAGGGAGCCGACAUCAGCUCCUCUGUCUUCACUGUUCCAGCAUCUGAUCCUGAAGGUCAAGUUUUGACCUUUAGCAUCAAUAGUGGAAACAACCCAGUACAUUUUGCAAUCGAUUCCACUGGAAAGAUCACGAACACUGUCAAGCUUGAUCGGGAAACAAGAAGCUCCUAUACAUUGGGUGUCGUGGUGACUGACAUAACAUCACUGACUGACACCGCCACGGUCAACAUUGUGGUGACGGAUAUCAAUGACGUCCAGCCGUUUUUCUCCCCAGCUCAGUAUACUUUCCAAGUCUCCGAAGGCCAACUCGGUGCCAAUGUUGGGACAGUUACGGCAUUUGACAAUGAUGAAGGAAACAAUGGCCAAAUUGAUUUCUCAAUUUCCCCCAUUUCCACUGGCUCGCUAUUUUCGAUCACUUCUGUUGGUGGUGUCAUUACCACGGCUCAAGCAUUGGAUUAUGAAACGCAAACUCAGCACAUCAUCCUUGCUCUGGUCACUGACAGAGGAAUUAAUUUUCAGCGAACUGGGACUGCAACUGUCACUAUCAAUGUCCUGGAUGUUCAAGAUAAUGUUCCACUGUUUUAUGAAGCAAGUUAUACCACUUUUAUAAAUGAAAACCUACCAGCCGGCACAAAUGUCAUCAUGGUUGAGGCUUUGGAUGCAGAUACUAUUGAUUCCAUCACCUACAAGUUUUCUACUGGGAACUUUGCACCUUUUACGAUUAGUUUGUCAGGACAGAUAUCACUCAACACGGCGUUAAAUUUUGAAGUGCAGCCUCUUUACGUGUUUACCGUGACAACCACCGAAGGGGAGUCCAGUGGUCUGGCAUCAGUCUCAACUACCGUUACUGUAUCUGUUAUGGAUCUGAACGAUGCCCCUCCUGUUUUGUCAGUCAACCCUUCAACAAGAACUGUGCUGGAGAAUGUGGCCGUUGGUUCCUUCGUCUUGUUUGAUGUUGACGCUACAGAUGCAGAUCCUGGAAACACUGAAAACAGCAGGGUAACCUUCGCCAUCACAGGUGUCACCUCAAGUAGCCUUGCCAACCCAAACAGCGGUGACAAUCUCUUUGUCAUUAAUUCAGAUACAGGAGUUAUAACUCUCGCUCGAUCCUUGACAGAAGACAGCACAAGAGCAAGCACCUACACAAUAAAUGUGGAGGGUCGCGACCACGGAGUGCCUAUCAGGAGUGCCUCUACAACAUUGACGUUGAAUGUUGACAGGAACAGCCAACCAUUUUUCAAUCCUUCUUCCAAAGUAGAAACAGUAAACAGCAAUGCAGCAGUUUCCAAUGUGCUGUUUUCAUACACAGCCACAGAUACUGAUACGGGUACCUUCGGACAACUGACUUACUCGCUGAUUGUGGAUGGACGAGUUCCAAAUCAUUUUCAAGUCGGUGCCUCAGACGGUGCUAUCACACUUGCCAACUCACUGCAGACCGAUGAUUCCGAUGCAUACUAUUUACGUGUGGUUGUUACUGACGGUGGUGGUCUAAUGGCAACAGGUACGGUUACAGUCAGUGUGACGCGGAACCUGUUUGAUCCUUCGUUCGACGGUGUUGGACCGUUUAAUUAUGCUACAACAGUGUUGGAGAAUGCACCCCUGCUGCAGUUUGUCUUUAAACUGAGUGGUAACGAUGCCGAUACACAGUUGCCAAACAACCAGCUUACCUACAGUAUUGUGGGUGAUUCCCAAGCCCAACAAUACUUCAUCAUCACCGACACUGGGGAACUUCAGCUCAAACGUUCUCCUGCUGACAACCAGGCCAUCAACACCUUUACCGUUACAGUAGGCCUGCAGGAUCAGGGAAAAACACCGAGAAGUGCUUCAUCAAAUGCUGUAGUCACCGUUACAGUCCUCAGAAACACAGCUCCACCCAUAUUUUUCGCCCAGACGUACACGCAGAGCAUCAAUGAGAAUGUCCCAAGUGGCACAAGCGUGGUUACAGUUGCAGCUUCCGACGCCAACACACAGCCUGAGUUAAAUUUCAUCACCUACUCCUUGCUUGAUAGCUCGAAUCUGUUCACCAUCAACUCUAAUGGACAAAUCAACACAGCCGGCAAUCUGGCAACUCCCACCCAGGAUCUGUAUACAUUGGUGGUAGUUGCUAGAGACAAUGGUGAUCCUGCCCGUGAAGGAACUGCCUAUGUGUAUGUCACAAUCCUUCGUAACUUCUUUAACCCUGAGUGGACUACGACCAACUUCAACGAUCAGGUGUUGGAGACACAGACACUUGGUACCAGUUUAGCAGGAAUAAAUCUGGCGGGAGGUAUACAAGACCGUGACAUUAAGUCUCCAGGCAAUACUAUCAACUUUAAAAUGAACACUGUUGUCACACCAGCCAAGUCUCAGCAGUAUUUCCAAGUGUCCAGCGGAGGGGAUAUCUCUGUCAAGCAAGAUCUUAGAACAGAUAGCGAUAAUGUGUACCUGCUUUACAUUGAUGCCUACGAUUUGGGAUCCCCAUCGAGAGAAAGUGCUCAGACUGCCACGGUUACUGUAUCUGUGGUCCGUAAUGCAGCUCCAGCGUUUACAAACACAGUGUUGUCACAAACUGUCAGGUCAGACACUGUUCAGGGUUCAACCGUCUACACACUUAGUGCUCAAGAUCCAAAUUUUGGUGUUCCAGAGUUUAAUCAGCUGACCUUCACCUUGGAGGGAAUUGACACAGCCUUGACAUACUUUGAGAUUGGUUCAGUGAACACAGUCACAAACACAGCAAGUAUCGUCACUCGCUCGUCUGUACAGUCUGUGACGGAGGAAAGCUUCCAGCUUUUGGUGCGUGUGAGUGACAAUGGCUCGCCACCCCUAAGCAGUCAGCAAAUUGUCACUUUGAACAUGCUGAAGAACCUGAAUGCACCGGAGUUUGUCCAGCUGUCCUAUUCCCAUACGAUUCUGGAGACACUGACUGUAGGCUCAAACAUUGGCAUACAAGUUCAAGGCCGUGAUGAUGACUUAUUGGCACCGCAUAACACUGUUGUGUAUGAGGCACUUGGAGAUGCAGCAACCUUGACCUACUUUGCAAUAGACUCAAAUGAUGGUCAAAUCAGUGUCAUACGACCUCUUACCCUUGAGGACAACGAUAAAGUUUAUAUUAUGCGGGUGAUUUUACGUGAUUCUUCAUUGUCGUCGCAACAAACAGGAUCAGUCACAAUCACUGUCCAGCGCAACGAUUUUGACCCAAUUAUUGGGAAUCUGCCAACUGUGCAAUCUGUUUCUAGGAAUGCCUUUGCAGGAUCCAGUGUGUUCAAUGUUUCAGCCACAGAUAGCGACGUAGUUUCUCCCUUCAAUGUAGUGCACUAUGGUAUUGUGUCUGGGAAUACUGGCAACGUAUUCAGUAUGAACAGUAAUACAGGGGCAGUAACUCUGGCUCAGAGCCUACAGAGUCUCACCACCGCUACAUACACGCUGUCCAUCAUAGCUUAUGAUGAAGGAGUGCCUCCUCGUGUGGCUUACUCGAGCCUGACAUUGAAUGUAGACAGAAACCUUGAAAAACCUCUCCUCAUCAAACCUGGUGCGGGGUCAUCAUACCAGGCUACAGCUGACAUUGUGGAGACCAUCAGUUUUGUAACUGUGGUGUAUGAUGUGGAUGCAUUAGACAGUGAUAAUACGGCUCCAUUCAACCAGGUGACCUACAUUAUUACUGGGACAGGCAAGGGUGAAGAAUACUUUGCCAUCAACCCUGACAAUGGAGAGAUCCGAAUCAAGGCAUCAUUGUUGCAGGAUACAGCUAGAGACACAACAUAUACAGUUCUUGUGAGUAUUCAAGAUGGUGGCAGUCCUCCUAAGGUGGGUGACAAUACUGCGACCAUUACCAUCAAUGUAAAUAGGAAUAACUUCAGUCCCCAGUGGCAAAACCUACCGUACGAGAACAUUGUACAGGAGGAUGCAGGGAUCAACGAUGUUGUGUACACUGUACAAGCCACAGAUGACGAUUCUUUUUACAAUAUCGUUCGUUAUCAAGUGAUUGGUUUCGGAAGUGCACCAGUUUACUUUCAAGUGGGCGAAGCGAGUGGUGUUAUAACUGUCAAAUCUGCACUGGCAGGCAGCUCAGAAGAGGUGUUCUAUGUACGAGUGCGGGCUUAUGAUAAUGGAAGUCCUGUUAAAGAAAACACUACGACUUUAACCUUAAAAAUCGAGCGCAACCUUUUCAAUCCAACUGUGACGCAGGCGUCCAUUACUCAGCGCAUUCCAUCAACACAAGACCUUGGCGUACCAAUUGUUACAGUACCCGCUCAGGAUCUUGACAGCCAGCCACCUAACAAUGUGAUCAGAUACAACAUGACUGCUACGGCUGCUGUACUUGAAUUCUUCGAUAUUGAUGUUGAGAGUGGUUCUAUUUAUGUGAAGAAAUCUCUAGUUCUGGAUACAGCCGAGACACCACAAUUCACGAUGAGUGUUUCUGUUUAUGACAUGGGAACUGUGUCCAAGACGUCACUGUCUGCCACCAAUGUCAUCAUCAAUGUGUUUAGAAACCGGAAUGCUCCAUUCUUUGGGGCCCAAAAUUAUGCUGUGACUAUUCCAGAGAAUCGUCCUGUUGAUAAUAAUAUUCUUCCCAUCACCUUCGGAGACAGUGAUACAGAUGCUCCAUUCAAUACCGUAACCUUGGCAGUAAUAGGAGAUGACCUCGCACCAGUCUAUUUUGACAUUGCCACAACAGGUCUUACUACAGCUAAUGUCAAGGUCAAACGGGACUUAACAUUGGACACUAACACUGUGUACAAUUUGCGUGUGGUAGCUACAGACGGUGGCACUCCCGCCUUAUUGGCCACCUCUUUGAUAGCCAUCACCGUCACCAGAAACCUGUUUGCUCCUGUAUUCAAUCCAAUUACUUAUAAUGCCACCAUUCGUGAGACACAAUCUCUGGGUAUAACUUUCAAGACUGUGAUUGCUACAGAUGCGGACAUUCGGGCCCCUCACAACACAGUUCGCUACUUUAUAAGCCAAGCAGCAGGCAGUGCUCUAGGACGAGAAUACUUCAUGGUUGACAGUGAAACAGGCGCCAUUUCUCUGAAGAAGUCCGUCACUUUGGACACGGCGUUGUUGACUCGAUACACGUUUCAAGUGACGGCCAAUGACCUGGGUACCCCUACCUCUUUGCCUGCUAAUAUCCCAGCCACUGUGGAGGUUACGGUCAACAGAAACAGCUUCCCACCCAUUAUCACCAACACCGUGGUUACACGCGAAAUCUUUCACAAUAUGUCCGUCAAUGGGCAGGUGUUCGAUGUUGAGGCAACAGAUCAAGACACGGUGGCACCGUUCAACACUCUAACCUUUGACCUGCUCGGUGACGGUAAUGCUGUUGCAUUCUUUGAAAUUGAUUCAUCCACUGGUGUAAUAACAUUGAGAAACUCACUGUUAUUCUUGUCCACAACCGAGUACCAGCUGCGAGUGCGAGUCCGGGAUGGCGGCAGUCCUAGGAGGGAGGAUGUGAAAGUGUUCACAGUAACCAUCAAACGAAAUUUUGUCGCACCCAGCUUCAAUACAGUGUCAUAUGCCCAGGUGAUCCUAGAGAACCUACCUGUCGAUAAUUCUGUCAUCAACAUCCAGGCGUCGGAUUCAGAUCUGGCAGCCCCUUACAACACUGUGAGGUAUUACUUUACCAGCCCACCAGAGCGAUUCCUUCUCAACGCGCAGACGGGAUUGGUGACAGUCAGACGAUCUCUUCUUGGGGAGACACAGAAUAGCUUUCUUUACUUUAUUUAUGCUGAAGAUCUGGCGGUGCCGGCCUUGCGCUCUGGUAAUAUCCCACUCAACAUCACUAUCAUCAGGAAUGAUCAUUCACCAAUCUUCUCCAACUUGCCUGAUGCAUCUAUCCGGUUAAAUUCCAAUGCUGCUAGACCAGCCGUCAUCUAUACUGUCACUGCAAAUGACGCCGAUACCAGGCCUCCCUUCAACACGAUAACAUACAGCAUCAUCGGAGAUGACAGAGCAACAAAUCUGUUUACUGUAAAUCCAACGGGGGGACAGGUUACGCUUACCGGGGAUCUCUCCACUUUCCCGGAAGAAUAUCUUAAGAUUCGUUUAGUGGCCAGUGACGGAGGUUCACCCUCCAAGACUGACACACAGAUCCUCUACGUUAAUGUCACACGUAACCUCGCUGCACCAUUUUUUACUGUCACCGGCUACAACGCAGACAUCUUGGAGACGGAAUAUCUUUCCCAAAGUAUACAACAGGUGUCGGCUUCAGAUGUAGAUGCUCUGCCUCCUAACAACAACGUGCAGUACGCGUUGGUGGGCGAUGUGAAGGGAUCGGAAUAUUUUGAGGUGAAUGAGGAUACUGGCGUUGUUUACUUGAAGAAGGAUCUUCGAGUAGACACAGAUAAGGAUGUAACAUACAAUGUUAUUGUGACAGCGACUGACCUUGGAACGCCGUCAAGAGCUGCAACAAACAGUGCUACAGUGACUGUGACGGUGCACCGUAACCUUAAUACUCCCACCUUCAGUAAUCAAAACUACAACGUCAAUGUCAAUCGGAAUGUGGUGGACAACCAAAACCUGGGUAACAUCCUUGUGACAGACAUCGAUAGCAGGAAUCCGUUCAAUACAUUCACUGUGACGACUAUAGGCGAUGGUGCGGCACCCUCCCUUUUCUAUCUUGAUGGCAACACUAUAAGAGUGACAUCUGCUGCCAAUCUGCAGGCUGACUCUGGGGAAACCUACACGUUGCGUUUGCAUGCAGAAGAUGGAGGCAGCCCUCCACUUACUUCUACAGCAUUGGUGACGGUAAACAUGGUGAGAAACCUCCUGGCACCUAGGUUUGAUCUACCCUCAUACAACGUAUCCAUAUUGGAAACAACGGCAUCUGGAGUAGUCCUUUUCACAGUCUCCGCCACGGACGAUGACCCAGCAAAUGCCAACAACAGGAUCGAGUUUGAACUAACGGGAGAUGCCACAGCCACAGAGUAUUUCUACGUUAACCCCUCCACUGGUGCCGUCAGUCUGUUGAAAUCCAUUGUUGGAACUGGCGUCAGUCCAUUCAGGUUGACGAUCACAGCAAAUGAUAAUGGUAACCCAUCCCUAAGUACAUCUGUACUUGGCACUGUUUUCGUGGAAGUGGAUCCGACUCUGCAGUUUGCUGCUCCUAGCUAUACAAGAACUAUUUCAGAGAAUGCAGCCGUGGGAUCAUCUGUACAGACCGUCAUAGCUAACCCACAGCCCAGUAUUGUGUACACCAUUACUGGUCAGAGUGAUGCUCCGGACUACUUUGAAAUUGAUUCUGCUUCCGGAGAGAUAACUGUGAAACAGGCCUUGACAGCUGACAUCACAAAGCGACAGAGUUUCACUGUGAAAGUGUUGGCUUCCAAGAUAUUUCCUAAUGGUGAGCAGACGGCCACAGUGAAUGUGAUUGUGACCAUUAUAAGGAAUGAACAUCAACCUAAUUUUAACCAGUCCCUGUACACUGCUAGUGUGAGUGACCAGAUUCAGCUGGGGUAUAACCUUAUCCAGCUGUACGCAACGGACCUAGAUACACAGGAUCAGCUGGUGUACUCUAUGGUAAACCCAACAACCACAGUCUCCGAUCUAUUCUACCUUGCACCAGUGACUGGAGUCAUCAGUUUAAAAGCACUGCUCUCUACCAACAACCAGGCGUUGUUUGAGUUUGACGUUCGCGUGAGUGAUCAGUCCAAUCCCGAGAAGACUGAUGACGCUACAGUGAGAGUCACAGUGACAAGAAACAACGUUUCGCCAUUGUUUGUUAGCCUCCCCUACAACACAGGUAUCAACUACAACCAGGCCAACAACACUGCCUUCUUCACUACACAGGCAACAGAUGCAGAUAGAAAGGGUACCAUAACCUACGCCAUCACUGGUUAUUACUCUGGGCCACAAUUCUUCCAAAUUGGAGCCACAACCGGCUCUAUUAGUCUGCGGUCCAGCAUUGAAAAGGAUAUUGCCACAUCCUACACGCUUGGCUUGAUUGCCUAUGAUAGUACUUACCCAGCGGAUACAGCCACCACAAAUAUCACCAUUUCUAUCAAUCGUAACCCAAAUACUCCCAGCUUCACCGUCACAAGUUACGCACGACAAAUAAGUGAGGAGUACGCUGUCGGAGUCAGCCUUAUACAGCUAGCUGCUUCGGAUGCUGACGGGCACGCCCUGAGGUAUGAGAUGACCAACUCUAUACCAUCAGAUGGAGGUGACUUUUUCCAGGUUGAUACCUACACUGGUCUUAUAACAGUGAAGAAGCCAUUGAUGGAAUCCAAUAACAACAACUAUCAGAUCAACUUUCGUGUCCAAGACGACGGUUUACCACCAGGCCAAGGCUCCAAUACCGCUACUGCGUCUAUCACCAUCCUGAGGAAUGUGAACACGCCACUGUUUAUUGGCAAUUACCAGAGAACUGUGUCUGAGAACACCACUGUGGGCACCAGUAUUGUAAAAGUUUCUGCACCAGAUAGCGAUACCAAUCCACCAGAAUUUGGUCAGGUGACCUACUCACUGAUUGGAGAUGAAAACUUUGCUUCCCUGUUUGCUCUCGACUCGACUUCAGGUGAUGUGACCCUGAUAGGUGCCCUGGACCUGGUUAAUGUGCCGUUCUAUCAGGGCCGCGUUGUUGCCAAGGACGGUGGUUCCCCACCCAAGAGUGCCACUGCCACUGUCCGUAUAGAUGUGAACCGUAAUCUCAAUCGCCCCAUCAUUCCAUCUCCAACUUAUUCCACUGAAAUUUUGGAGACCCAUGGCAUUGAUGUGAUAACUGUACCUGCAACAGAUGCUGAUAAGUUUGCACCAUACAACACUAUCACAUUUGAUGUGGCAGACGUCAGUGGAAAUAGCCUGACUUAUUUCCAGAUAGAUGAAUCUUCAGGAGUAAUCAGUGUCCGCACACCUCUGUACCUGGAUGCUUCAGACAACCGAAACUACGUUAUGAGAGUGGUAGCAGUAGACGGCGGGAGUCCUAGUCUGCAGUCACUGAUCACAGCCACUGUAACCAUUACAGUCAAACGAAACGUAAAUCCCCCUAUCUGUCACAGCGAACCCUACGCUGCAUCCAUCAGCUACAAGACUCUGGCCGGACAAACUGUCUUUUCUACCGUCAAUGCAACUGAUGGAGAUGCUGAUCUUCCAUUUAACAGAGUCACCUACAGCAUUAUAGGUGGCGUGACCACACAGACAUUGUUCCAGGUCGACAGCAACAAUGGGCUAAUCAGCACGAGAACAGCCCUGUCAGUUGCCACUCUCAAUGAAUACAAGAUACAAGUACUGGCAUCUGAUGGAGGCUUCCCCGCAUUGUUUGACACGUGUACAGUGACUGUGUCCAUUUUACGGAACCUGAUCACCCCCAGAUUUCUCACAACGAGUACUUCUAUCACCAUUCUGGAGACACAGGACCUUGGAGAUACCAUAUAUUCAUUUCCUGCUCAGGACACUGAUGAACAGUCACCUUACAAUGUGAUGUCGUUCAUCCUGGAUGGAGAUUCCGAUAUCAACACUUACUUUGCCGUAAAUGAAGCUGCUGAUGCUCUGUAUGUGAGGAAGUCCCUUCUUAAUGUCGCCAAAAACACCUUUUCUGCUGUGGUCACAGUAACUGAUGGAGGUGGCUUGGUAGGAGCAGAUACCUUAUCUCUCACCAUCAUCAUCCUGCGCAAUGAUCAUAUACCCUACUUCAAUGGUGAUCCUUAUGUGUCGGACCUUCAACAAAGUGUACAGGUGGGAGAUCUGCUAUUCACAGUCACGGGAAUGGACAGUGAUUCUAGCAAAGCACCGCAAGCAACUCCGUUCUACACACUGAAGUACUCCUUCCUGGGUGAUGAUGAUGCACCAUCUUUCUUCAACAUUGGAGAGAACAGCGGCCAAGUAACCGUCAAAUCAGUUCUUACAUCAACCAGCUCCACCGAGUUUAAACUACGUAUCCAAGUAUCAGACCAGGGGACACCACCCCUUACCAACACAACCUUGGCAACAGUUGCUGUAAGAAACAACUUCCAAAGGCCUUCAUUUAAUGAAACAGCCUACUACCGAAGAAUAAAGGAAACAAAUGCUCUCGGAGAAACCAUAUUGCAGGUGUAUGCUCCCGACCAGGAUCUUUUGGCCCCUAACAAUGAGGUUGUUUAUGCUAUUACUCAAGGACCGGAGGACCUGGAAUGCUUCUAUAUAAACCCCAUUACUGGGGAGAUUUCCCUCCGUCAAUCCCUGCUCACCUCUUUUUGCCAGACCAUCAACAGAUUUGAGAUGACUGUAGAGGCGCAAGACAAAGGAGUCCCGUCAUUUUCUACCAAUGUCCAGGUGACCAUCGACAUUGACCGCAACAAUAACCCGCCAAUCUUUGACAAUUUACCUGACGAAAUAUCUCCAGGAGUCAUGGAGAGUAUAGCUGUGGGUAACCAAGUGAUGGUUGUGACAGCCAGGGAUGCGGACAUUGUCGCUCCAUUCAACACCAUUGCCUACACCUUGAUUGGAGAUGACACAGGACCAAAUUACUUCUCUAUCAAUAGAACAACUGGUCAGGUCAGAGUAACCAACCAGAUACUUAACACUGUGGAAACCUCCUUUAGGCUGCGUGUUCAGGCAACAGAUGGUGGUUCACCUAGUAAAUUUGCACAAAGCAUCCUCCUUAUCAAUGUCAGACGGAAUCUUAAUAACCCGUCUUUCGCGCCCAUCAACUAUGAAGUGACAAUUCUCGAGACCUACGCUUAUGACAAUAUUGUGGAAACAGUGAUAGCUACAGAUGCUGAUACCAAGGCUCCUCACAACCAACUCACAUACACAAUCACCUCCAGCAGCUUAGCUCUACAGUACUUCCAGAUCGACUCUCAGGGUCAAAUCACAAUCCGACGAUCUCUCAUUGAUGAUACAGCCGACACUGCCUUAUACAUUCUAACAGUGACAGCACAGGACCAGGGUAUACCACAGCUUACCAGUCAGAAUGCUGCAACUGUGCGUGUAAACGUGAUAAGGAAUAGAGCAUGCCCAGUAUUCUUGAAUACCCAGAAAUCUGUGGACAUUUCCCAGAGUCAGAGUGCUCAGAUUGUCCUGGAUGUGAAUGCAACAGACGUAGAUGAUGCUACCACAGUAUUCAGUCGAAUCACUUACACUCUGAUUGGUGACGAUUCAGCAACUUCUUUCUUUGCCAUCAAUGCAUUAUCUGGAGCAGUAACCACCAACGUCAACCUUUACAAUGACGCGGGAACUGUGUAUCGGCUGAGAGUUCAGGCCAGUGACGGGGGAAGUCCAUCCUGUGCAACUACAGAUGUGUAUGUUGUCAACGUCAACAGGAACUUGAACGCUCCUGUAUGGGUAAACACGCAGACACCCAAUUACUACGAAUAUUCAAUCCUUGAGACCCAGUCGGUGUCCCUACCUUUCUUUACAGUGUCUGCCACCGAUAACGACGACAAGGUCCCUCAUAAUGUAGUCUACUAUGAGUUCACUACCAACACUGACCAAUUCAGAGUUGAUGCCAAUGGACAGGUUUUCCUGCGGUCAAGUCUCAUCUUUGGCACCGUGGAACAGUAUACAAUUAAGAUGAUGGCAUGGGACAGUGGAGAGCCAACUCGUAGAUCAAGCGUUGAGGGUACAUUGGUUGUGAACGUACGUCGCAACAAGUUUCCCCCGGAAUUUACUACUCUCCCCAAUGUUCUCAGCCUCGACCAAAAUGUGACGCAGGGCUCAACAGUUUACAACAUCGGAGCCCGCGACAAUGACACUUUUUCACCAUUUAACCUGAUAGAAUAUGUGGUCAUUGGCGACGGCGCCGCCACCACCUACUUCUCUGUGAACUCGGGCAACGGAGCAGUCAGCGUGAAAACACCCAUCAAUACGGACACAAACAUCAUUUACAUGCUGCGCGUACGUAUCCUGGAUGGUGGUACUCCACGGAAAUUUGCAGAUGAGGUCUUGACCAUCGUUGUGAACAGGAACCUGAACCGACCAGUUAUGUCCAGCCCAUUUGUCCAAAGAACAAUUCUUGAAAUCCAAAAUGUUGGGGAGUCCAUCACUACAAUAUCCGCUACAGAUGCUGACAAUAUUAGUCCUAAUGGAGAUGUGCGCUAUUUCUUGAUUACUUCGGACACCAAUGUUGAUAGUUACUUCAGUGUAGACCCAGUUUCAGGGGGCGUGAUGCUGCAGAAGCUCCUCCUGGACUACCCGAACACAGCCACAAGAUUUACCGUCAGCUUCCAAGUGGGUGCACGUGACAUGGGAAGCACUUCACUGACGGCGCUCAAUCCUACUACAGUAGAGGUGACCGUGGUGAGGAACACCCAGCCAUUAUUUACCCAGAAACCCUACACCAGAACUCUCGGCCAGUUUGAUCCUCCAAACACGCUUGUUUAUCAACCAUCUGUGCAGAACUCGGACAGUGAUGAUCCGUUUAACCGCCUCAACUUCACAAUUAUUGGAGAUGGUUCCGCACUCCUUUAUUUCUCUGUUAACCCUACAAACGGUGAGGUCCGGACCAUUCGUAAUCUCACCUUAAGCACAGCCCUCACCUUCCAGGUAAGGAUCAAUGUGAAGGACAAUGGUAUCCCCCCAAUGGAGGAUACUACUACAGUAACUGUCAGCGUGAAGAGAAACGAGAGAGAUCCCACAUUCUUACAUGCUACCUCCUUUGCAGUAGACAUCCCUGAGGGCCUCCCUGUUGGAAGUUCUGUGGCAAAUAUCAAUGCAACUGAUGCUGAUGCAUUUGCACCUAAUAACCUCCUGGUUUAUGAAAUAACUAGUGGAACCAACAGUGGUGAUCAAUUUUUCUACAUCAACCCGGACACUGGGGUGGUAUCUCUGGUCAGGAGCGUGGCAUCAGGAGCGAACAUUUACCAGCUCACCAUUAUUGCGAAGGACCAGGGCGUGCCUGUAAAAAGAGCUACUGCUACAUUAACAGUCAAUGUUCUACGAAGCUCCGGUGUUUUGACCUUUGGUCUUCCUGCAUACAAUGCUACUAAGAGUGAGAAUGCUCCAGUCAAUGAUUUUGUCAUUCGUGUUGCUGCCUCUCCAGGGGUAAGCAUUGAAUACACCCUGACUGGGCGAGAUCCAGGUCCUACCUACUUCUCUGUUGAUACGACUAGCGGCGACAUCCGGGUCAAACAAGACUUGAGAACAGAUGCCUCCAUGCUCAACCAAUACACUCUGCUUGUGAAGGCCGUGUCCUUUGAUGUGACCACUCAAACAGCUUCUACUACCGUCAAUGUGUUUGUAAGGAGGAACGAGGCUGGUCCUGUGUUUGACCCAGCUUCAGCUUUCUAUUCCACCAGCAUUGAGGAAAAACGGGCUCUGGGGUCAACAGUCCUGCAGGUCACUGCCACGGAUACAGAUAACGACCAGAUAAAGUAUACUAUGGUAGAUGGUGCUCCCUACACCGACUUCUUCUUUGUGAAUGCUGACACAGGUGCCAUCACUCUCAACAGUCCGUUAACCUCAACCAGUGUUGGCAACUACUCGUUCAAUGUGCAAGCGUCCGACCAGGGCAGUCCCGAGAGAACCAGUCUGGCCCGUGUCCAUAUCAUCAUAUUGCGAGACAGAUUUCCCCCUGUAUUCCAAAACCUACCCUACAAUGCCAACACGGAUGAGAAGAGCCAGGAUAACACCGUCUUUUACACCAGCAUUGUGGCUACUGAUGGAGACCUAAGAGGACAGAUUAUGUACGACGUUAUCCACGACAGUAUUGCAGCUAACUUCUUUUACAUCAACAAGACCUCUGCUUAUUUGUCCAUUCAGAAUCAAGGUCUCUUACUACGAGAUUUGCAGCAAGACUAUCAGCUGCACGUGAUUGCAUAUGACAGUGUCUACCCUGAAAACCAAGCCACAGCUACUGUUUCUGUAUUUGUGAGCCGCAAUGCAAAUGCCCCUGGAUUUUUAGACCAACCGUAUGCCCGAACUGUUUAUGAUCACUUGGCACUUGGCACAGCUAUUGUGGAUGUAAAUGCUACGGACUCUGAUGGAGAUGAUAUACAGUUCAGACUCACUGGCAGCAUUGCGUCUCUGCAAUUUUACUACAUUGACUCAACUACUGGAAUAAUCACGUUAAAGAAACCCCUGACCGACGGCACUCAGGCAUUUGAUUCGAUGUCCGUUGAGGUUUGUGACCAGCGGCAACCACAAAAAUGCAAUCUUGCAGGUGUAACCAUCACCAUCAACCGUGACAACUUCCCACCUGUAUACAGCUCCAACAACUAUGGUCGGCAAAUAGCACAAGUGGCACCACUCGGGGAGCUCGUAGAUACCGUGGAAGCUACAGAUAAUGAUUUAGAGGGUGAAAUCAACUAUAUUGUGGUAGGAAACUACCCAGCACCUUCAUUCUUCUCUGUUGGUCUGACGUCCGGCGAGGUGAGGGUAACCCAGCAGGUCACCAGUGAUGGUCUUCAGACAGGAACAUACGAGCUAAGGAUUGCUGCCUUUGAUACUUUCUACCCUGAUAACCGUGUGUUCACGAUUGUGACAAUACCAGUCAACCGCAAUCCUGCUACUCCAGUCUUCUCGCAAGAUGUGUAUACUAGGACCAUUGCGGAGACCUUCCCUCUUGGAAGUUCAGUUGUCCAACUCAAUGCCAGUGAUGCUGAUAAUGACAAGCUUGGUUACUACAUGGAUGACGCAGUCGACCAACAAGAUAAGGAUUACUUUUACGUCAAUCCAGAGAAUGGACUCAUCUCCUUGAGGAAAACUUUGACUUCAUCUGUUUUUAAUCAGUUCACAUUUUCGGUAUUGGUACGAGAUGCAGGAGGCAAACAGGAUACUGCCAAUGUGGUUGUUAUAGUGAACAGGGACCAGGAGCCUAGCUUUACAAACCUUCCCGCGGCCAUAGAUAUCCAGGAAACAAACUCACUGACAAAUUCAAUAUUCACUGUCUCUGCUAAUGACCCAGACAUGCAGGAACGCAUGAUUUACAACAUCAUAGGAGAGUUCAACUCACCCAGAUAUUUCCGAGUGAACAACUUAACUGGGGAGGUUUUCGUUCAGAACGACCUCAGACUGGAUGUUGUUGAGCAAUAUAUAGUGAUCCUCACAUCGUAUGAUUCUGGCAGUCCGGGGAAGACGGCCACCGGUACACUGACAGUCAACGUAGCCCAUAACAUCAACACACCAAGUGUCAAUGGGGCCAGCGCCACGAUCUGGGAGUAUGAGCCAUUGGGAUCCAACAUUGUCAACAUCACAGCUUUUGAUGCAGAUGGUGACACAUUACGAUAUGAACUAUUGUCAACUGGUACUUUAGUUUCUGAUCAGGCGCUGCCUUACUUUACCAUCAAUCCUGACACUGGCUACAUUAGAAUUGCUAAGGAUCUGGAGAAUGAUGUCAACAAGCUAGGCACUUAUCAGAUGACUGUAAGGGUUCGUGAUCAGCGGUAUCCGUUUGAGAAAUCUGAUACUGCUAGUGUUAAUAUCGUCGUGAUGCGUAACAGCUUCUCUCCCGUCUUCCAAAACAUUCCGUACAACAUGCAGAGCUUCAACGAAAACAGUGCUGUAUCGACAUCUGUCAUCACCGUGACGGCUCGAGACAACGACUUGCGGGGACGAAUUGUGUAUGAAGUGAUGGGAGAUAACUCCGCACCUUUCUACUUCAAUGUAGAUGUCAGUACCGGAAUUGUGAGAGUGAAAAACAACCUGAAAUAUGAAUCCAACACUGCCUAUAAUCUGGUAGUGGAGGCCUACGACUCUCAGUAUCCAAAUGACCGUGCUACAGCCACAGUGACUAUCGGCGUUUUACGUAACCUGUAUCCCCCCGCUUUUAAUCAGACAUCCUACUCCAUAACGGUCAACGAAAGCAUUGCAGUAGGAGUGUCUGUUCUACAGAUAUUGGCUACGGAUGCAGAUAAUGACAAGAUGACCUAUGUAGCCUCCCCCUCUCCAGCUGACCCCUACUUCUUUCUGGCCCCAUCAACGGGUGUGCUUACGAUAAGAUCAUCCCUGAUGAACGACCCAAAUCGAAGACUCUCUUUCCAGAUGACAGUAACAGCUACGGAUGACCGACAGCCGCAGCAAUCAAGACAAGUGGUUGUGACCAUCAAUGUUUUGAGGGACCUAAAUACACCCGACUUUGAUCCUUCUGACGACAAAUAUAUUGUGAUAAUCCCUGAGACAACAGCAGUGAAUGACGCAGUUCGAACUAUCGUGGCUACAGAUCUAGAUUUACAGGGAACAAUAAAAUACAUGGCUACUGGUAACUACCCUGCACCUAGUUUCUUCUCGGUGGAUCCUGACAGUGGACAAAUAACACUACAGAAGAGUCUUCUUACACCAGAUGCUGUACAAUACAGCCAAUUUACGUAUAUGGUUGAGGCCUAUGACAGCUUGCGACCAAACAAAAAGGGAACAGCUACAGUGGCGAUCACAAUCACCCGUAACUCUAACCCCCCCAUCUGGUCACUCCCGCAAUACUUCACCAACAUCCGCGAGGACCACGAACCCUUCACAUCAGUCAUUGAUGUGGUGGCCACAGACAAUGACAAUCAUGAUGUAAUUUCCUACGAUAUAGUAGAUGAACAGAUCCAGAGGACCUUGGAUCAGGGUGUUGCCGACUACUUUUACAUAGACACAGAAACUGGACGCAUGUAUCUCAGAAAGAGUGUUCUCAACACGGACAUCAUACGCUUCGUUUUGGGAGUGAGAGCCUGUGACACAGGAACACCUGGGAAGUGUGCCAACACUACAGUGACAAUCAACAUCAACAGACAAGGACUGGCUCCUACCUUCACGAACACUCCAUACACGAUUAAUAUCAAUGAGGACAAAACUCCCGGCACCAGUGUUUUAUCUAUAUCUGCUACAGAUAGCUCUACUCUGGGACAAGUUGUGUUUGAAGUGGUUGCGCCAGGAAGUGCAUUCUUCUCCCUAAAUACUACCUCAGGGGAGAUCACUCUAGCUAAGUCUGUUUUCAGUGAGCUAGAUAUUAUAUACAGAUUCAAGGUCGCGACCUAUGACACUGGUGAGCCCCAGUACAGGGCUGUAGCUGAUGUGACAGUGAAUGUUAUUCGCAAUGCAUUUGCACCGGAUUUCCUGCUGCGUGAUUACAUUGUCACUAUUGACCAGAAGUCAGAUUAUGGUGUGAUGGUUAUCAACACUACAGCUGUUGAUCUCAAUGGAGAUGUACCUGUAUACAGAAUGACAGGUACCCCUACUGGUCUGGAGUAUUUUAGGAUUGACCGUGACACGGGAAACAUUUUCCUCAACAAACUCCUUAAGGACACACCUUCUACCCAGUACAACUUCACGGUGUUUGCACGUGACCAGCGAAGAGUAAACGAGAAAACCGGCUUUGCUAACGUGAUCAUCAACAUUGACUUAGAUGCCAACCCUGUCUACCUGAAUGCUCCGUACUUUGCUCAGCUUGAGGAGACACACAUAGUUGGCACACGCGUCUACCUGACUAACGCUCGUGACACUGAUCUUACGGGUGUGCUUGUCCGUGAAAUCACAGGAGUAUAUCCAGCAAGAGGCUUCUUCGCAAUGAACAGUAGUUCAGGGGAGAUAACACUGAUCCGAGACCUGCGGGAGGACUCAAGUAACCUAGUAUCCUACAGAGUGGAAUUGUCCGUGUACGACUCUCUGUUCCCAUCAGAACGUGGAUCUGCUGUUUUGACUGUCACAGUAAACAGAAACCCGAAUGCUCCACAGUUCAACAACACAAACUACUAUAGACAGUUGAAUGAAAUCGUCUCCAUCAGCACAAGUGUGAUGUCUAUAGGAGCUGCAGAUGCAGACCCACUGGAUGUGGUGACCUACAAAAUUGUAUCUUCCAACAACAAUGGUGACCAGUUCUUCCUACUUGAUCCUUCGUCUGGACUACUGACCACCAAAAGACUGCUGACGGCUGCCACUUUUAACAGGACCAUUAUGACAAUUGAAGCAUCUGACCAGCGAGGACAAUCCACCUCCGUUCAGAUGAUCGUCGACAUCAUCCGCAACCCCUCAGAUAAGCGGCCAUACUUUAUCAAUGAGCCCUAUGAUGAUUCCACCAUAUUUUUUACCCAUGACUUGACGACAGAGGUUGAAAGGGUCACAGCUUUAGAUGAUGAUCUAGGGACGUCUUCGACCAUUGCAUAUGAGAUUGUUGGAAUAUAUCCUGCACCAGACCAUUUCAGUAUUAAUCCUUCAACUGGUCAAAUCCUUGUUUCACGUGAUCUCGGCCUUGAUGUUUACAAGACCCUUGUAUACACUCUGCGCGUAGAAGCCUAUGAUACAGCUAACCCUGGCUUGAAAGCAGAGACUAACGUUGUUAUCACGGUUGUCCGCAAUCCCUCUCCGCCCCAGUUUACAAAUAGUGCCCAGUUCACUAUCACUAUUCCGGAGACCUACGGCCCAGGAGCCUUGGUCAUGACUGUCACUGCUACAGAUGCCGAUGGGGAUGAGGUGAGGUACAACAUCGUCAAUGACACACUUGGGGCAGAAGCCAUGAAGUUCUUCUUUAUCAAUGGCGAAACCGGUAUUAUUAGUGUGAUUGGAGAUUUGAAGUCGUCAGCACCUGUAGCCCAGUAUAGUUUUAACGUGCGUGCCCGAGAUCAAGGCACUCCAGAGAAGUAUGGAACAGCUACUGUUACCAUUACCAUUGAGAGAGACACUUCGAAUCCUGCCUUCCAAUUCCCGAAAAACUAUUCUACAACUGUUCGUGAGACCGAACCUAUCAACAACACGCAGGCCGUAUACAGAUUGUCAGCUUCUGAUGGCAACCUUAGGGGAAGCCUGCAGUACAUCGUCACUGGGGAUGGACUGGCUAUGGCCUACUUCUGGGUGGACAUCAAUGGCGCUAUUUAUGUCCGCAAGGAUUUGAUGACCACCUCUCAAGUAGACUUUGUUUUGUAUGUUGCUGUGUAUGAUUCGUACUACCCGGAUAACAGAGACUUCGCCGUGCUGAAUAUUCGUGUAAUUCGAAAUCCUGGUGAGCCUGUCUUCAGUUCCAGUGGUGUUUACAAUCAAGCCAUCAAUGAAUACCAUCCAUUCGGGAGAUCGGUGUUUGUUGUUUCGGCUGCUGACUCCGACAAUGAUGUUAUGCGCUUCUCAAUCCUGGGUCCUUCAGAGGCAACCAGCAAGUUUUACAUUACUCCCGAUACUGGAGUUAUCUACCUUUACAACAGACCAGCCCCAGACACCUAUGUUAUGACCAUUGAAGCCAGUGACCAGAGGAGUCCACCAAGAACAAAAAAUGCAACGCUGACUGUAUUUGUCAAUCCAAAUCAAGCCCCUGGAUUUAACAACAUUCCAGCAAUCAUCAAUGUAGCAGAGAAAUCGAGUGUAAAUGUGCGCCUGUUUACAGUGUCUGCCACGGACAGUGAUAUCGAUCAAACUGGUGGAACCCUGCAAUACAAGCUAAUUGGAGAUGGGGCUGGACCAAGCUUCUUCCAGCUGUCGUCUGCGGGAGAGAUUUCCCCACGGGUUGACCUGAGAACUGACACAGCACUCAACUAUAUACUACGAGUGCAGGUUUAUGAUUCUGAGAUCCCAUCCAUGGCUGUCAAUAGUACAGUGACUGUGAAUAUGACGAGGAAUCCAAACCCCCCUGUCUUCACCUCCUUUGGUUUAUAUACAUUCUCCAUCACAGAUGAAACGUCCCUUGGUACAUUGGUUGGCUCAGUACUUGCCACAGAUUUAGACAACGACACAGUGGUCUACAACGUGGUGUCGGGGGAUACAGAUUUCUUCUACCUCCUUCGUAAUGGAGGCAUAUCCCUCAUCAAAUCAUUAAGCUCAACAACCAACAAAAGGUUCACUCUUAAUGUGAGAGCUUCAGACCAAAGUACACCUGAAAAAACAGCCAUUGCACAGGUUACUAUAACAGUGGACAGAGACGAAGCAGUGCCAGUAUUCAGUAACUCUGCUGAUUCUGUCAAUAUUGAUGAGAUCGACCCAGUUGGCUUUGUCUUGUACACUGCCACCGCAUCUGAUUCUGACUUGAGGGGAAACAUCACUUACGAGAUCACAGGGAAUUACCCAUCACAAACCUUCUUUGAUAUUGAUCAAAGUGGUAACAUCAAGAUCACAAGGGAUUUAAAGGAAGAUGGACUGGCAAGAAGUACCUAUAUUUUGACCAUCGAUGCCUAUGAUAGUGCUAACCCAAAUCUGCGAGGUACUAUGACGCUGACGAUCAAUGUACGACGUAACAUCAACUUCCCAGUGUUUGACAGACAACAGUACUUCACCAGUAUCAGUGAACUCACUGCCAUGAACGUACUAAUCUUUAACAUCACAGCCACUGACAGUGAUGGGGAUGAGGUGGUGUAUGAUCUUAUCGGUGACACACAGGCCAAUGGUCAGUCACUACAAUAUUUCAUGGUGCAGCGCAAGACUGGAUACAUGUACCUACGUCAGCCACUGAUCAGCAGUACUGCACAGUCUUUCUCUAUGACAAUCAGAGCAACAGACUCGGGCAAUCCUCCCAAAACCAGAGAAGUGACAGCUAUUGUAAGUGUCAACAGGAUCAUAGCUCCAGUAUUUUCCGUCUCUCAAUAUGAUGUGGACCUUAAAGAAAAUGUUGGCACUGGUUACAAUGUGGUUAGAGUUACUGCAACCCACAACCCAGUGCUUCCUCAGGCAGACAUUCGCUACAUGAUCGUGGGAACCCCGCCAGCACCUUACUUCUUCUCUAUUAACUCAACUACUGGUCAAAUAUAUGUGAGCAGGGACCUGCGAGGCGAUCGUACAGCAGAGUAUAGGCUGACGCUGCGCGCCUAUGACAAUAACAACCCGACAGUUUGGAGUGAGGGUCUGGUUGUGAUCACUAUGGAGAGGAACCCUAACUUCCCAUUCUUCUCACAGUCCGCCUACACUGCUGAUGUCCAGGAAGACGACCCAUUAGGCACCAGUGUCAUACAGAUGAUUGCUAGUGACAAUGACAAUGACACACUGGUGUAUUCUCUAACUGGCAACGACCGCUGCAAAGAGGCUUUCUACAUUGUAUCGUCCACCGCUGUCGUAUACCUGAAAGAGGACCAACAAUCAACGUCCGACACACAGUACAACUGCCAAAUAUCUGUGUCAGAUAAUGGAUACCCAACAGCAAAGACUGGCAGUGCUCAAUUAACCAUUAGUAUAGUGCGAGGACAGCUGCCAUCGUUCACCUUGAACUCUUACUCAGCCUCUGCCCUAGAGUCUGACAUUGUGGGGACCCGACUGACAACUGUGCUUGCCACAAGAGUACCAACACUGGGCGAGAUUGUAUACGAGACUGUGGGCGAUUACCCAGCCCAGAGCUUCUUCUCUGUGAACAAUGUGACUGGGGAUGUUACCAUAAAAAAGGACCUGAGAACAGAUGGCCUCAAUCUCCUGCGCUACACUCUAAAAGUUGUAGCCUAUGACACUGGCAAACCCACCCUGAGAAGAACUAGUACAGUUGUAAUAGAUGUGACUAGGAACCUGAACGGUCCCACAUUUUACCCAACCAACAUCCAAGUGGAAAUACCACAGAGCACAGAGCCCGACUUCUGGUCCCUGGCCCUGAAUGUGUCUGACCCAGACAGUUUAACCCUGGUCUGUUCCGUCAUUGGAAACGCCAAGGCCCAGGAAUUCUUCAUGGUAGAUAAAGACUGUCGACUGUCACUAAAGAAGAGUCUGCUCACUGAUCCUGACCUCACUCAAGUUUACACAGUCCAAGUGGAAGCCACAGACAAUGGAGUGCCCAUAGCUAGGACAGCCAGAUCAACUGUGACCGUUACUGUUCCCAGAGAUACCGCUAACCCAUUCUUCACCAAUCUUCCCAAUACUAUCACUAUCCAGGAGAAUGCCGUCUCUGGAUCAACUGUGUUUGAUGUGAUAGCUACUGACGGUGACAAACGAGGCAAUAUGACAUACAAGCUGAUAGGACAAUUCCCAGCCCAAACAUUCUUCAAGAUGGACCCUCUCACUGGUCAAAUUACCAUCCUCAAUGUACCGAAGUCUGACUCACUGGAGACCAUGGUGUACACGCUGAGAGUGGAAGUGUACGACAGCUACUGGCCGAGCAAUAAAGUAUACGAUGAAUUAAAGGUGCAAAUUACCCGUAAUCCUUCAGGACCUACCUUCAACCCCAAAUCCUACAUUGAUACAGUGCGGGCAAACAUUGAUUUGGGAACAGUUGUGUUCCAGCUGUUGGCCACAGAUACUGACGGGGACCGAUUAACAUACACCUCUGAUAUGAGCGCACUUGAUCAGGAGUACUUCUCUUUGAGUCGAGAUAGUGGAGCCAUCAUUCUCUACAAGUCCCUCGAGACGGUCGGCACACCCAACAGGUUUGAUUUCAAUGUGUUCGUGUCCGACUCCCGAAAUCCGGUCAAGAAUGACACAGCCUCUGUGUCCCUUUCGGUGACCGCAUUACAAGGACCACCCAGGUUCACACAAAACAACUAUGAAGUGACCAUCCCGAUUUCACGGGCUAUUAACACCUCUGCCACCUCUGUACUUGCUACAGACCCUGACAUUCAGGGAGCAAUCCGUUUUGAGGUGAAAGGCUUCCAACCAGGAACUGAAUACUUCCGACUGGAUCCAGUAACUGGUGUUAUAUAUGUGAAGAAGAAUCUGUACCUCAACACAAAUCUCUUCCCCAACUACUUUUUACUCAUUGAAGCCUAUGACACCAUGGAACCAGAGUCAAAAAGCCAGGCCACAGUCACUAUCAAGAUCAACAGAAAUGUUUUCGGUCCAACAAUAUCUCCAGCAAGCUACACAGCCUUCGCCAAUGACUAUGACCCGAACGGAAAACCUAUCUUAGAUAUCAAUGCCACCGAUUCUGAUCUAACGAUGCCAGAGAACAGCUUGUUUUAUUCAUUGGAAGAUGGCAGGGCUGCCAACGACUACUUUUCUAUCGACCCAUAUACCGGACUGAUUACUGUAUCCAACCUCAUUUCUUCUGACCCAGCUAAACCAUUAGAUUACAUCUUACGUGUUAUUGUGAAGGACACAAGUGCAACACCCAAGACCGCAACUGCAACUGUUACUGUGAAUAUUAAUCGUAACGACCCCCCAUCUUUUAUUAGUCCUACUGGCUAUAGCACCGAAAUCUCUGAGGCAGUUGCCAUAUUCAGCAACAUCAUCACUGUGCAAGCCACAGAUCCAGAUCCAACCUUUUCCUUUAAUAGCAAGUUGGUAUACUACUUUGAUGGACCUGAGGAGGCAAAUAAGCGCUUCCAGAUCAACAGUACUAGUGGUUCUAUCUCAGCUCGAGUCAGUCUGUCAGAGGAGCCCCAGGACGUGUGGAAGUUCACUGUUGGUGUACGAGACAUGGGAAAUCCUUCCCUGUCUGCAACUGUACCUGUUACUAUCACAAUUGGUCGGGUCGGCAAGAUCCGUUUUAGUGAAUCUGAAUACUUUGUGGUAUAUCCCGAGUCCUACCCUGUCAAUAAUACUGUCAUUGAUGUUAACGCCACGGACCCAUUGGCUGGUAGCACUAUUGUGUAUGAGAUAAGAGGCGAUGGAUUGGCCAGAGACCACUUUGUAAUCAACAACGCUACUGGCCGAAUUACCCUCAGCAAGUCAUUCACCGAGGAUGACAGCUUAACAAACACUUACACUAUCCGUGUUUACGCAUACAGAAAGAAUGAUCCUUCUGAGUUUGACUUUGCCCUUGUGCGAGUCCAGGUCAGGCGUAACCCUAACAAACCAAUAUUCAACCACGGAGAUCUCACCUUUACCAUCAAUGAAAAUGCAGGCAUCAAUACCAUUGUUGGAAAUGUAUCCGCCACUGACAUAGAUACUGGUGACAAUGGAAAUGUUAUAUACUUCUUCAAUCUCCAAGAAAGUCAGCCAAUCUACAGCAAAGACUACUUCUACAUCAAUCCCUCAUCUGGCCUCAUCCUGGUCAUUGGAAACCUACGUGCUGACCCCACCACCCAGAGCUACACAAUGUUUGUUUCUGCUAAAGAUGGAGGUUCGCCAAGCCUGCAAAGUAAGGUGAAGAUCACUGUCAUUGUGACAAGGAAUCCUCAUGCUCCGCAGUUUGCACAGACUAACUAUGAGACAACCAUUGAUGAGAAGGUGAUAGUGGGUCAUAAUGUUCUACAGAUCUUGGCAACAGAUGCUGACAAUGAUCCCAUUGUGUAUGACAUCAUCCCGAAACCUCCGUCCACUCUCUACUUCAAUGUACACCCUACUAACGGAAUGAUAACCACCUCCCGAAUACUGUACCGUGAGCAGGUUUCCAGAUACAUCAUAAACGUACGUGCCACUGACCAGAGUGCCUCGCCAUUAGCUGGGACUGCUACUGUCACCAUCAAUAUUGUGAGGAAUGCCAACCCACCUGUGUUCGCACGACCCUCCUACAAUCUAUCGAUUUCAGAAUACCACGACAUCGACACAGAAAUCAUCCGGGUCACAGCCACAGACAACGACAAUGCCAACAGCACAAGUGGCAUCUUACGAUAUUCCAUGGACACCGUCAACUCUUUCUUUACUGUUACAAGGACAACAGGAGCCAUCAUUCUGGCUCAACCACUGACAACAGAUUUAGCUGACGAUGUUUACUUUUUGACAGUGGUGGCCUCGGACACGUCGAACAACCCCAAAUCUGCCUCUGCGACAGUCACUGUGAACAUUGUCCGCAACAAGUAUGCGCCAGAGUUUACUCCUAAUAGGUUCCAAGUGAGCGCAACUGAUACAGACAGAGCUGGUACAUCACUGGUCACAGUUACAGCCAGUGAUGCUGACUCUCAAGAGCCUCUUAGUGCUGCGACGAACAAUGCCAAAUUCAAGUACAGCGUAUUAGGUAACGCCGCCUCCUUUGCCCGAUACGUCGGUGUAUCAGAUAACGGGGAAGUUUAUAUCAAACAGUCACUUUACAUUCCGAACAACAUCAGUCCAAUCACGGUCCAGAUCCAGGCAUGUGAUUUAAGCUGGAAACCGAAGUGUAGCAAUCCUAGUGUCAGCAUUCAGAUCAAUAUUACAUACCAAGACAGAGCAGAUGGCAAGAUAGGCUUCAAACAGCCCGUGUACUAUCUACAACUUCGUGAGAACAUAGAUGUUGAUCAGGUGAUCCUGAUCAUGGAUGUAGAAUACCAGGCGUCACAGUCAGCACAGUGUAGCAUAUUGGGAGAUCUAACUGGCCUCCCGUUCUCCAUCACUCCAGACCAGUUCCAGAAGAACUGCGGACUCAAACUGAUUGAACCAGGCUUUGACUAUGAGGUUACUAAGAGGUAUAAUGUGACCGUGCAAGUAACCGAAGGGGCUGUAGGGAGGAAGAAGAGACAGAUCUUCAUACAAAACACUCACCCAAUAGCAACAGUCAUCAUUGACGUAAUCGAUGUCAACGACAACUCACCCAUCUUCCAGUAUGACGAACCCCAUAUUUACCCACUCCAGACCAGCAGUGCGGGUACGGAAAACAGAUACUUUGGAGCCAUCGCUUCAGAUGUUCGCCCAGACGCAUCCGUAAUGACGGUUUAUGCAACUGAUGAAGAUUCUGGACAUUUUGGAGAAGUACGCUACUCAACAGUGGAUCAGAGUGCAGUACCAGCAAAUCCACCUUUCAAGAUGAUAAAUCCUGAGGAUGGAAAAAUAAUGACAACCACUGAAUUCUCAGCUGACACACUGGCUGCCAAGACCUUUAAGAUUCCUAUAUUGGCUACGGACAUGGCACCGACAGUUGUGGAGCGCAAGGUCACUCAGUCAACAGCCUAUAUCAACAUCAUUUACAACUACAACCGUUUUGUACUUACUCUUCAAGACAUGGUGCCACAGGAUGCUGCCGCUAAAAAGGCAGUCAUUCGAAGAGCUCUUCAAGAUGAAUUCCAGAAAGUGUGUAUCAUAGAAAGUAUAGAGCGGCGUAGAAACUUAGAACUCCAGGACCAACUGGUUAUUAAAGACUCAGAUACUGAUGUGAUAUUUGUAUUGGGCGAGCCACGGGAACCUUAUAAUCUGAUCAACAACACUAUGGUGCCUGACAUCUUUACUGCAGACAAGACCAUAAACCUCAACGACCGACUACAGAGUGACACACAAAUCAAGGUAGAGAGAGUACGUAUGCCGUAUGAAAAUGCCAACAUUUACCAGACACGUCUUACCAAGUCCUACGUGUGGUGGAUUGACGACCCAUGGGCAGCACUCAUCGCCUUAGCGGCAAUCAUCAUCCUCCUCUGUAUCGUUGGAAUAAUUGUUCUAGUGUUCACACACUCCAGAUACACCAAGUACAUUAACCAGUACCGUAUAUACCAAGCUUCCUAUGACCAGCCAGACUUCAUGGAACCUCCAAGUUUCCUCAGGGAGUACGAGACACAGAGUCUGAAUAUGUAUGUACCGCCUGAUGAGGCUAUAAACCCUCUGGAGAUCCUCAAUGUAAAUCUCGGUGAGGAGGUAAUGAUUGAACCACAGGAAGAUGACCGGGGUUUAUCCACGGCCGCUAUCAAUCCCAUAUUCCAGGAUGAUACUCAACAGGGCACAGGCAUAGUAGAAGGAACCACCUUGCUCUGAUGCAACCUGCCAACACAAUCUUCAUUCCGGGAAGUUCAUUAAUUAGUGUUCAACAAAAAUUCUGCCAGCCUGCAACAUUUAGACAAAGACAACAUCAUACUAUAGAAACUUUGUAUUUGUUAUGCUAUUAAAGCAAAAGACUUCAACCUGGAAUGAAAUGACAUCAUCGUUAGAAAAUCACUGUACAAACCAUUACCUGUCACAGGUUUUGCUUAGACUUGCCACAUACUCACGUUUCUGUACACUUUUAUUACUAGAGUGAUUCCUGGUAAGAGCACCAAACAAGUGGUUACCGUGGCAACAACUUUCAUCUAAUGAAGGAGAUACGUGGUCACUCAAUACAGUGGUAACAGAUUGGAGGUCCGCUCCACUCACCUCUCUAUCUAUGCAUAUUUUGUUACAAUGAAGAAAUGUUACUUUCAAAAGUUAAAGAGUGACGUGUGCUGAAAUGAUAUGUGAAUGUAACAGUGAGUGUGAAUGUGUCGUUUCUCUGAACUUUGACCUCUGUUCUUAUUCCAAAAUAAGGGAAAUAAUGAAAAUCCUUUUAAGCCAAUUCAAAAUUCAUGACUGUUCGUUUUUACUUCCAAACAGUUAUGAAAAGAGGUCCGUUGAUAGAAAGACUGUGCGGUAUGUUAAAGUCACUUGUGGGAUGGGAAUAGGGGUUGUUAUUAUACAUAUAUUCUUAUUAUAUAACCAUAGUUCAGCUUCAGAUAAACAUCUAAACCAAAUCAUUGCUAGUUUGUUAAAAAUAAUUAUGCAAUUUUUUUAAAUAUUUAAAUUUUGUUUUUCUCUUAUUUAUCUCACAUCUUUCACUGUGAAUAGAAACACUUUCUAGGAAUAAUGCUAACUAAUGAAUCAUCAAAUUUUCAGUUUUUGUUUUGGAUAUUUAUUGAGUGCUAUGUAGAAUCCUAUAAUUACCAAAAUCAAUGCCUGGUUUUACAAUUUUGUUGUGAUAUAUACAUAUAUAUAUAGAAAUGUUAAAGACAUAUUUUUGUAUUUUUAAUGGAUUUUUCCAUGUGGAUGCGGAGCUGGCCACAUCUUGAUGUCGGAACAUGUCUCCCAUUGCUGUCCAUGUCUCCAUAUACAUAUCUGUUUUCUUGUUAUAUCUGCUUUAUGCGUAACAUUCCACAUUUUAAUAAUUGUCACCUUAUGGUAGCCCAUCGAAAAUUCUUUAUAAUCUGCGAGUGAUGCAUGGAAGUAAGGAAUUGCCAGUAUAUGAAAAUUUUGUAUUUUUUUAUAGAAAAAAAACUACCAAUAAAAUGUAAUAUAUAUUUUCAGAA